AGCCUCUCAUACUAACCAGACUAACUCGCUACUGCUCUUGCCUGAUCUCUCUUGUCGCAACCAGCGUACGCACUAGCUACUAUGGGUAGCAAAAGUGAGGAGAAGCCACAUGCCGUGGUAGGAAUUGAUUUCGGAACAGAAUGCCUUAAAGUCGCCUUGGCGUUUCUCAACGAGGCCGAAAAUACCCCGCAUGUCAAAGACAUGUUGUUCGAGUCCAGCCCGCCCGGCUGCGAGGGUCACGAACUCACGGCUAUUGCCUACCAGCGCGGUCCGUCGAGCGAUGUCCGGUGGGGUUAUGCCGUCAAAAAGAUACCGAAAGACCAAGGCUGGCACACCUUCAGCCAGUUCAAGCUGGACGCACUUAUCAACUCAGACACGCCGUGCCUGUCCGAUGAGGGGACGAUGCAGAUGGCUGGGCCGCAGCUCUGUGUGGACGUGCUUCGGCUUCUCCUGCCCGAGGUGGCAAACUUCUACAAAGCCAAAUGCGGCGAAAAGCUGCCCGUCUGGGACAAGGCUCGGGUGGACAUAGUCCUGAGCGUGCCGGCCGCAGUUGGCCAAGACGGCGGCGCCGUCCUAGUCGACGCUGCCCGUAGGGUCGGCUUCGAGAAUACCAGAAGGACCCACAGGGUUCUUGAUAUCGGCCUGACUGAACCAGAAGCAGCGAUGCUUCAGGUUCUACAUGAAAGCAAGGAUAGGUUCAAGAACGGAGACCACAUCUUGGUGGUAGAUGUAGGCGGCGGGACCUCGGACCUUUCCAUGGUCGUGCUCGCCGACCGUGAGACGGGCCCGGUUAAAACCGACUUUUUCCAGCCUGUCACGAGCCAGCAACUUGGGAGCGUCAACAUAGACGGUGGCCUGAGAGCAAGCAUUAUCCGAGGGUUCGAGCAGUGCCUGCCCCAGGAAUCCCUCACACCGGGAGCGACAACCGCAAAAGCGGCUCGUAAAAUCACCGACGGCGACGCGUACCGCUGGGCCAAGCACAGCUUCCGCGAUUCCAGCGGUGACAGGGCCAUGUUUGGUGUCGACAUCGCCGACCUUCUUCUCCCUGAUACCAUCAUCUCCCCACCUGCCGAGCUGGGCGGUAUAAGGUUCGAUGGCACGGCAAUCCGCAUCAGACGAUCAGCUAUAACCGCGCUGUUCGACCGACAGAUCUACGGCCACGGCGACGAGAGCCGGGGAAUCAUCGGUCAGAUCAGAAACAUGCUCGACGACCUAUGGGUAUCCUGCGCUUCGAGGACCACCGAGCACACGUUGCGGGAGCGCGAUGCGGGCAAGUGGCCCCAAUAUGCGGACAGACUCGACUUCCUUGUUUUCGCAGGCGGCAUGGGGGCCAACGCCUAUGUGCAGGACAAGAUCAAGGCCGGGCUGGAGCGGGAGCAGCCCCCAGCGCUCGGCAUGCUCAGCAAUAUCACUGCCGGCGUCCAGUACGUCGUCGCCGAGUCGCCACAGCACUGCGUCUCCCAGGGCCUGGUGCGGGCGCGCAUGCGGGAGGUCCAAGGCAAGCAGAAGAAGGGCGGCUUCUGGCGGCUCCUAAACCCGUUUUUCAAGAAGAACAACCUCACAAACACGCCCAGCGACAAGGCGCAACAGCCUCUGGCCCAGGUGGCGGACCGCCACGACGCUUACCGCCUCAUGCGGGCCAGCACGUUCCAGCUCCUCUGCCAGAUCUCCGAGAGCCUGGCACCAAGCCUCGGCCAGUCUGUCACCGCGGUGGAGCUGCGCGGCGAGUUCAGGGCCCUACUGGCCGAGGAGGCGGCGGCGGCCGAGGCGGGAAGGUGCCGAGAGGUUGCCAGCGGCUACGACCUCGCGACCCUGAGCCGCAUGGAGGCCGGCCUGGGCCGCUACACGCCUGGAAAACAAGCUUGCCACCGGGAAAGCAACGGAGGAUAA